AUGAGACCCACAAACAAAAAAAGCCUGAACCGAUUAGAAGAAGCUAGAGCUACAAAUAGGGCGCCAAUCAAGCCGUUGAACCUGAUCGUGAUCACCGAUGGAGAGGGGGAUGAUCCAGACACCCUGGCACACGCCUUGGCAGGCUUCUCCAACCGUCUCGAUCUUGGCCGGUUCCCACUUACCCAACUCGGCGUCCAAUUCGUUCAGAUUGGCGACGACCGUGAUGCUACCAGAUUCUUGCAGGCUCUUGACGAUGAGUUGAAGUCUGAGUUAGGUGGUCAAAGAGAUAUUGUCGAUUUCACUCCUUAUCAAGGAGGUGUGACCACUAGAUUCCUUAUCAAAGCUCUCUUGGGUGGAAUCAACAAGAGAAUCGAUAACCAAGGGAGCCAUUGAUGAUUGAAUGGUUGUUGAUCCAGUCAUCCAAGGCAUCACUAUUUUAUUGUUUAACAACUACGUCUCAACCGCGAACACAUAGGGAAAAAACCUACAUGGU